AUGAACAAUGAGAAAGAAUACUCGUCUCGGAUUUUAAAAGUAAACGCCGGAAUUUUUGUAAGGCAUUUCGAAACGCAUGACAUGAAAACAAGUCAAAGAAAUUCUCUCAAUCAUUACGUUGUUCUAAUGAAAUUAUUAAGGUACCAAGCAUUUGAAAUUCAAACUAAAAACACAAACUGA